AUGAGUCCAAACCGGCCCCUGAAACGGGGGUCGCAAAAUGAGACUCCCUCGGAAAAGAAGGUCCAGGACAUCACCAUCAACGCAUUCUACGAGCCGCACACUGUCACAUUUCUUCUGCUUAUCGCUGUGAGCCUUGGGUACAUCUGCCUUACCCGUUCGGACGAGAAUGAAGAAUCGAACAUCUUCCACGGGCUGAUAACAUGCGCUUUGGUCGUUGGAGUACCGAUUUCGAUCAUGCUCUUCCCAAACGGGCCCUUUACCCGGCCGCAUCCGAUUCUUUGGCGAAUCGUCUUUGGGGCGCUAUUUUGCUAUAUGCUGGCGCUUGUUUUUAUGCUCUUCUGCAGCAUGUCUCAAAUUCGCCGAGCAAUGAUCUUCAUCGACCCCUCGUUAAAAGAUGCCAAGCGGGAAAUCGACAUGGUCGAAGCUUACGCUGAGGACUGCUCAAACGUUACUUUGGAGACGAUUUGGGCCUCAUUAGACAUUUUCGCUUUCGCUCAUUUCUGGGGAUGGGGAAUGAAGGCGCUUAUGAUUCGGAACUAUGGAAUUUGUUGGACUAUUUCAGUUACGUGGGAGAUUACCGAAGUUAUGUUUCAGCAUAUUUUGCCAAAUUUUAAGGAAUGCUGGUGGGAUCACUGGAUCCUCGACGUCGUUGUCUGCAACGGCGGAGGCAUUUGGCUCGGCAUGAUAGUCGGCCAAUUCCUCGAACUACGCCGUUACCGAUGGGAGAGCGUGCUCGAAAUCGACUCGCGGAAGAAAAAGUUCAAACGCUGCUUGCUUCAAUUCACGCCCGAAUCGUGGGGAAGAAUGGACUGGAUCCAUGGAAAUUAUCGCCACCCGAUCGGCAGAACACUUGCCUUGUUUAUCAUCAUGAUGCUCUGGCAGAUUGUAGAGCUCAACACCUUCUUUUCGAAGCACUUUUUCAGAUAUCCAGGACACAAUUGGAUGUGUUGGGGUCGAAUUCUCUUCAUGGGCCUCUGCUCAAUGCCUGCCAUCAAGCAGUGGUACAUCUACGUCACGGAUCCUCGAUGCAAACGGCUUGGGAAUCACUGCUGGCUGUACAUCAUGACUGUCCUUGUUGAAACGCUCGUCCAAAUCAAAUUCGGCUUCGAAGAGUUCUCCCGCGCCAACAUCAGCUACAUCAUCCAAUGGGUUGUCAUCAUGUUCAUCGGGGCUUUCGUUGGUCUCAUGCUGAACGUCUACUCUGGCGUCUACUACCAUCCAAAGGGCUACCCAGCUAAUGAGGACGAAAUCGAGCUCGAUGUGAAUAUCAACAAGCAGCAAAGUUCAAAGAGAAGCGCGAAAAUUGACUAA